AUGGAUGCGCCGACUUUCAGCGGGCACUCCGAACUGUAUAAAGGGCAAUCAGAAACAACUUCAACGGCAUGCGUUCGUCGACGGCGCGAGCGUACUUGCGAGCUUCGAAAGCUGAAACGAGAGCAACUCUUGCUCGAUCGGCGGAAAAUCGACACCGAGCAAUUUUUGGCAGCCGUUGUGGAUAACGAAGUACCGAAUCCAUUGGUCUCCAUAUCUAGGGUGCAACACUUGCUAAGGGGCGAUGCACACGAUCGUCUAGAAGCAUGUCGACUACUUUCAUACGCGAUGAAGGAAAAUGAGCAGCAGUCAGUUCACCAAUUGGCCGAGCUUCAUUUGUUACCAAUUCUCACGGAUGUAUUUUUAUCGAGUGAAGGAGAAUUGCAACAACAAACAGGAUGGAUUCUUUUGAACUUGGCUCGAAUACCGGAGAACUUCUUAUCGUAUAAUAGUCAACUCGACGUUUUGAGAUCAUUUUUUCAACUGGCGACUGUUUGCUAUGAAGCAAUGAUUGUGGCCGAUUCUAUGGAAACGGUCCUUCCCCAACUCUUUGUAUCACUUGGGCUCUUUGCGGGAAAACAUAUCGGCAACGCGAUGUACACGUUGAAUUGCAAGAGCGUUACCGAGCUAAUUUUAUCGAUCCUGCAUAAUUAUCGGAAGUACACAUCGCAAACACUUUCGAGUACCGUAUGGCUUUGUACGCAACUGUACCGCUAUGCUGAGACAGAUUCGGUCAUGUACGAGUCAGAAGUGCAUAUAUCAUUACUGCAAGCGUUGGUGCUACUAUUGGAGGUGAACGAAAAAUCGAUCCUCACCGACACAGUGCUCUGCUUAAUGAAUGCAGUUUGGAGUGAGCAACUCGUACAGGUGACGUACAUAUCUGGAGCGUUGAAGCGCUUACUUGAGUUGUCAUUGGAGGAAAACGAUGUCUCGACUUAUGCCCUUCACACAAUCAGCAAUGUGAUUGAAAAUUACGGGAGAUACACGGAUGCUCUAAUCAAUUACGGCUUAAUCGAUGUAAUCUACGCAUCACUGUUGAGCUCAAAUCGUUGUGAUGAUGGUUGUCAUAUUUUGGCGUGUGUUUGUGCGGAAGGAAAAGAACAAAUAUCGAAAGUAUUCAGUCGGGAUGAGUUGAUUGAUCGGAUCUACGAUGUUUUCACAACCGCCAGCUUUGACAAAAGAAAAGAGAUUUGUGCGGCUCUCAGUUCCGCAUCUGAAAUGGGGUCACCGACUGUGCGAGAGAAAAUUGUUCAACGUGGUUUUCUUUCCACCUUUUGCUCAAUGCUCGAUUCGUCCGAUAUAAAUACGGUAAUUUGUGUGCUUAUCGCUCUCGAUGCUUUAUUAGAGUUUAGCGAGGUUUCCGGGGUCGAUACGGUUCGCGAAACAAUCGAAUCAUGUCAGGGACUCGAAAGAUUGCUUCUGCUACAUGACCACGAGAAUAUCGAUAUUAUGGUAAAAUCCCAGGAGAUUUACGAUCGCUAUUUUGCGCCCUACGAGAACGAUUAUCGAGAGGAUUUCGCCGAUGUUAAAUCUACCAUGGAUGAUUUGCUGAAUAUCGUCGAGUCGACUCACGAUGAGGGAAAUGUAUGGAAUUUU